UCCUCUUCUGCAUCUUCUUCCGUCUCUCGCCGCGCCUAGCAAUCGCGUCGGCUCUCCCUCCCUCGAUGAUUCGCAUGGAAUUCUCGAUUCGAUUCCGCUCGAAUCGAAUCAAUGCGCUUCGCCGUUGAUCCCAAUCGAGCGCCCGAGCCUUCCCGCGAGAUCGGAUUUCACCGAUCGGCCGGCGCCGGCGGAGGAAUUUCGUUCAUCUGAUUCGGCGUGAAUUCGUGUGCGCGUGUUUUUUUCGUUGGACCUUGUUCCCCUUUUUCAUUUGGUUGUGGGGGGGGGGAGGGAGGGAGGGAUUGAGCGGAGAUGGAUUCGAGCAGGAGAGCGGUGGAGUCGUACUGGAGAUCGCGGAUGGUCGACGCCGCGACCUCCGACGAGGACAAGGUCGCGCCCGUCUACAAGCUCGAGGAGAUCUGCGAGCUCCUGCGCUCCUCUCACGUCGGCAUCGUCAAGGAGGUCUCGGAGUUCGUGCUGAAGCGGCUCGACCAUAAGAGCCCCGUCGUCAAGCAGAAGGCUCUUAGGUUAAUCAAAUACGCGGUUGGAAAAUCUGGUUUGGAGUUUCGCAGGGAGAUGCAAAGAAAUUCUGUUGCAGUUCGACAAUUAUUACAUUACAAGGGGCAUCCAGAUCCUCUUAAGGGGGAUGCUCUGAAUAAGGCUGUAAGGGACACAGCUCAUGAGGCAAUUUCUGCCAUUUUCUCUGAACAGGACAAUAAAGCAGCUCCCACUGAGGAUCUUAAUACAAGAAUUCAAGGAUUUGGAAACACUAAUUUUGAAAUGCCAUCAGAAGAUAAGAAAUCGUUUCUAAUUGAGGUAAUUGGGCUUGGAAGUGCAUCCAUCAAGCAAGGACUCAAUAGUUUCACUCCGGGGCAGUCAUUUAGAAAGAAUGAAAAUGGCAGUUAUACAGGUCCAAAUCUUCGGAGAUCUUUGACAAUAGAAAAUGAUAACAUGAAUGAUUAUGAACCAGUUGAAAUAGGCAAUGAAGCUCGGUUGGGGAUCUCAACAAAACAGGCGAGUGGUUCCUGGAAUCCAGAUAUGAGAAUGGCAAAUACAGAAGGCACCAAUGGAAAUUCCGCUUCCAGUCAUACCGAGAGCAAGACUCGUGAAGAGCGGUUGUUGGAAACUAUCGUAACAUCUGGUGGUGUUCGUCUACAACCCACACGAGAUGCCAUUCAUGUUUUCCUUGUGGAGGCAGCAAAAUUGGAUCCGGUGGCCUUAAGCCGGGCCCUUGAAAGAAAGUUUCAGUCUCCUCAAUGGCAGGUUCGUGUGAGAGCUGUCUGUGUAUUGGACUCCAUUGUGAGGAGAAAGGACAAUGAACCCUUCUCGAUUGUGGCUUCUUAUUUCAGUGAAAACAAAGAACUUUUGAUUAGUUGUUCUUCAUCUCCGCAAGCUUCUUUGAGGGAAAAGGCUAACAAGGUCCUUAGCUUUUUGGAUGGAGAACAGGCCGGUACUCUGGCAGUUGAUUCAGGUAGGUCAGUGAAGGCUGAGACUGCUGCUACAGUUCAGAUGCCUGAUCUGAUAGAUACCGGUGACUCCGAUUACAUCAUUGGAACAAAUGAUUCAACACAUACGCAAGGUGCUAAUAGCACUGGAAGCUUGACGAAAGAGGCAACCCCUUCCAUUUAUGAUUUGCUUGGAGAUAAUGUUGGGUCUGGUGUCAGCACCGGUGAAGAAAGAAAUGAUGAUGAUCCCUUUGCUGACGUCUCUUUUCAUAGUGGCCAAGGUCAAGACUCUACUGAUGAUAUCUUUAAGGGGAUGACUAUUGAUGAUAAGCAUGGUGCUAAUCAAAACCAUGUAACAAUCACUGAAAGUGGGCCUGAAUUUUUUGAUAUUUUUGGGUCUUCUGACAUAUCUUCAGAGCAGGUAAUUCAGAGAAAUGAUGUCAAUGAUUUAAUGGCUGGCUUGUCUGUAAAUGGGAGUGAGGUGAAAGGAACUCCUGCAACACUAUCUGAAGCCGUAUUGUCAGAUUCAAAAAGCAAUCCUGGCUAUCAGGUCUCUAAUGAUACGUUGAACAGAAUGGUUGGAUCUCAAAUGACUGGCAUGAGUCCCAAUGCCAUGCCUCUCUCUAGCAGCCUGCCAUUUAGUGUACCUCCUGGGAUGAUGUUUAAUCCUGCUUUUCCAUCACAACCUAUAAAUUAUGUUGCGAUGGGGAAUUUUCUUGUUCAGCAGCAAAUUCUAGCAACCAUGUCUAACUUCCAACUUAAUGGGAAUAUGAAUGCUCAGAGUGUCAGCACCAGUCAUGUUACCGGAACUAAUGGCAGUCAUUCAUCACCCUUCCCUGAUGUUUUCCAGGCAAAUUCUCCCACUCAGACUCCUAAUUUGAUGGGGAGCAACUUGAAGAAAGAGGAGACCAAAGCAUUUGAUUUUAUCUCGGAUCAUCUUGCUGCAGCUCGUGAUUCAAAAAGGAUAGUUUAAGUAUUUUGAGCAUAACGUUUAUUAGAAAGCACUUGCCAAUACAUCAAAAUUGCCUUGUUAAGUUUGGGAAGGUGACCGAAGCAAACUAUCUAUUGAUAGAGAUGAUCAUACAUCCCUUUCGUUGGAAUACCAUGAACGUGCACGGCAGGUGUGACUUGGCGACGGAUUUGAAUGGAAGUCACAAGCAGAAUGACCACUGAGGAGUUCUUUCAAAUAGCUGGCAUAGUUUGUAAUGUAAAGUUGCGGUUGUAUAUGUAGAUUCUUCAACUUGAAAGGCGUGGGUCAUCUGUUGCAAUUAUUGACUUGCGAAGGUCGUAAUGCGUUUUCGGUACAUCAAUGAGCAAGCACAAAUUGUCUGUGCUGUGCCGGCGGAUCACCCACUUGUGAAUUUGAGACGGUCUCUCUUGUACCAUUACAUUUCUCUGCGUCAAACCAAGAGCGGGUCCUCUCUGGAGUCAUUGGUUGGGCUUCGUUCUCUCUUUUCUCAACUUUGUUGUAUUCAUUUCCUAGUAAGUUGCAUGCCUACCUGAUGAAA